GCAUGAUCUAAUCGAAGUUAUCCAGUGGAGAACGUACUAUUAGACUUGGGAGACUCUUUCUAGAAGAAUCAACGAACACAGAGAGAGAGAGAGAGAGAGAUUCAAAAAAUGGAUGAAGAGGAGCAUGAGGUAUAUGGAGGUGAAAUCCCCGACGUUGGAGAGAUGGAGGGCGAAUUGGACCCUCAAAUCGCCGACAUCGACAUUUCCGCCGCCGAUGAAAACGCUGUCAAGGAAUUGGAUGAAAUGAAGAAACGAUUGAAGGAGAUGGAAGAUGAAGCGGCGGCUCUCCGUGAAAUGCAGGCCAAGGUCGAGAAGGAAAUGGGUGCUGUUCAAGAUCCUGCUAGUGCAUCAGCUAAUCAGGCGAACAAAGAGGAAACAGAUUCACGUUCUGUUUUUGUUGGCAAUGUUGAUUAUGCAUGCACACCUGAAGAAGUGCAGCAACAUUUCCAAUCUUGUGGCACUGUAAAUAGAGUUACAAUUCUGGCAGACAAGUAUGGUCAACCAAAAGGAUUUGCUUAUGUAGAGUUCCUGGAAGCAGAAGCUGUUCAAGAGGCUCUUGUGCUGAACGAAUCUGAAUUACAUGGCCGCCAGUUGAAGGUUUUGCCAAAAAGGACUAAUGUUCCAGGGAUGAAGCAGUACCGUCCAAGGCGAUUCAAUCCUUAUAUGGGCUACCGGUCCAGGAGGCCCUAUGUACCGCCUUAUUUUUAUUCUCCUUAUGGAUAUGGGAAGAUUCCUCGAUUCAGGAGGCCAAUGCGGUAUAUGCCCUACUACUAGAACACCGAGCUGGUGAUGACAUGCUUACUGUGUCUGGGUGAUUUGAUUGAGGAAGUAUAAAUCUUAUUCCAGGCAUUCUGCGCAGAGUAUAUGCAAUUUGAACCAUGUGCUAUGUAUGUGCUGUAUGACAUGUCCAAAGUAUGGGAAUUAGUUAUAGUUUAAUAAUUUGGACAAUA